AUGAACGGUGGCCGUUCCAUGUUCACAUUCUACCCGCCUGUGGGGCCCAGCCAGGCGUCUGGUGUUGGUGUCGCGGAUGCUGAACACAAUCGGUCACGAUCGGCGCCACAAAGACAAGACGAGCAGAGUGAAGCUGCUCAGAAGCCUUCCGCAUUUCGAACCGUGAAUGUGCAAGCCGAGCUGAGCUUUAAAGACUUGCCUCAGCUUCCGGUGGUUAGACAGGACGUGUUGUUCAAGAAACCACUUCAUUCCAGGAUGCACAUCAACGUAGAGGCGAAGCUAACAAUGGAUUCGGUGAAGGCUGGUACACGCGCUGCAAGCACAGAAAAUACAGACAGAGGCACGAAGGCGAGUGAAGUUCGUUUCACUCAGGAAAUUAGCGGCAGUGCGGCCGGCAGAACUUCGCGUGGCAGCUGUGCAGGAAGAGGCCGCACAGCCCUACCGUCGGUGUUUGUUUUACGAGACCCAAGUGAGAAACCAGUGUCAAUGUCGCGCCCUCGCGCACUGCCUUCAAACGAUGAGGCUGUUUCCCAUCGCCGUACGGCUGGAGCGAUUGGACGGCGGGAGCCUGGCGGUGCUCCGCGGUCCCUGUCACGCACGAAGGAACAUCAGGAAGACUUUGGGGCUGAAACACGAGCAAGCGCUACACGUCGCGACGAAAGUAAAGCCCGACCCGUUGUUUCUGACAAUACCGCACGUGCUGCUGGCAUCAAACACGCGACGCCAGCGCACCUAGCAGGUGGCGACAGCAAGCCUCAGUCGGACUCGUCCGCUCUGGUGAGUGACUCAACAUCGACCCGCCCUCCGAUAUCAAGCGCCAAAGCGCCAGGCGCCGUCAAAGCCUCCCUUGCGAAACCUGCCUCCUCACUCACAAAGAAACCAACAACGACCCGAGUCCCUGCAACACACCCGGUGGUUCAACGCGAUGCCACACCCGCAGUCUCAAAGAUCCCCGCGAAACACGACGCAUCCCCUCGGCUUCCUCAGGCGCCUGAGGGCGGGAAGGGGGAGGAUGCGAAGGUUGUGGCUGCGAAGAAGCUGCCGGUUGGCAAGGGUUUGCCUGUGGCGAAGAAGGUGGCUCCAGGGGUGCCAGGUGCGAAGGCAGGCGAUGGUGGGGAGGCAGCGGGCAAGGCGGCUGGUGAGGGUGCUGUUGCCGGCGAGGCGGGUGAGAAGGGUGAAGGCGAGAAGGGGGAUGAGGCGAAGGUUGUGGCUGCGAAGAAGCUGCCGGUUGGCAAGGGUUUGCCUGUGGCGAAGAAGGUGGCUCCAGGGGUGCCAGGUGCGAAGGCAGGCGAUGGUGGGGAGGCAGCGGGCAAGGCGGCUGGUGAGGGUGCUGUUGCCGGCGAGGCGGGUGAGAAGGGUGAAGGCGAGAAGGGGGAUGAGGCGAAGGUUGUGGCUGCGAAGAAGCUGCCGGUUGGCAAGGGUUUGCCUGUGGCGAAGAAGGUGGCUCCAGGGGUGCCAGGUGCGAAGGCAGGCAAUGGUGGGGAGGCAGCGGGCAAGGCGGCUGGUGAGGGUGCUGUUGCCGGCGAGGCGGGUGAGAAGGGUGAAGGCGAGAAGGGGGAUGAGGCGAAGGUUGUGGCUGCGAAGAAGCUGCCGGUUGGCAAGGGUUUGCCUGUGGCGAAGAAGGUGGCUCCAGGGGUGCCAGGUGCGAAGGCAGGCGAUGGUGGGGAGGCAGCGGGCAAGGCGGCUGGUGAGGGUGCUGUUGCCGGCGAGGCGGGUGAGAAGGGUGAAGGCGAGAAGGGGGAUGAGGCGAAGGUUGUGGCUGCGAAGAAGCUUCCGGUUGGCAAGGGUUUGCCUGUGGCGAAGAAGGUGGCUCCAGGGGUGCCAGGUGCGAAGGCAGGCGAUGGUGGGGAGGCAGCGGGCAAGGCGGCUGGUGAGGGUGCUGUUGCCGGCGAGGCGGGUGAGAAGGGUGAAGGCGAGAAGGGGGAUGAGGCGAAGGUUGUGGCUGCGAAGAAGCUGCCGGUUGGCAAGGGUUUGCCUAUGGCGAAGAAGGUGGCUCCAGGGGUGCCAGGUGCGAAGGCAGGCGAUGGUGGGGAGGCAGCGGGCAAGGCGGCUGGUGAGGGUGCUGUUGCCGGCGAGGCGGGUGAGAAGGGUGAAGGCGAGAAGGGGGAUGAGGCGAAGGUUGUGGCUGCGAAGAAGCUGCCGGUUGGCAAGGGUUUGCCUGUGGCGAAGAAGGUGGCUCCAGGGGUGCCAGGUGCGAAGGCAGGCGAUGGUGGGGAGGCAGCGGGCAAGGCGGCUGGUGAGGGUGCUGUUGCCGGCGAGGCGGGUGAGAAGGGUGAAGGCGAGAAGGGGGAUGAGGCGAAGGUUGUGGCUGCGAAGAAGCUGCCGGUUGGCAAGGGUUUGCCUGUGGCGAAGAAGGUGGCUCCAGGGGUGCCAGGUGCGAAGGCAGGCGAUGGUGGGGAGGCAGCGGGCAAUGGAGGCGGUGCAGUUGUCGCUGGGGGCGAGGCCGCGCAUUAA